AUGGCGCCCGCAUCACCCCCUAGCACGCCUUGCAUCGUCGUUCCACUUUACAUUUAUCCGCUAAGUGGCGCCUGGGACUCCAUCUUCGAGUCCGCCCGCGCCAACCCCCAUGUGUCCUUCAUCGUCAUUGUCAACCCCUGCAACGGCCCUGGCCCUGACACUUUCCCCGACUCGAGCUACGCGGCAAAUCUGAGCCGCCUGGGCAAGCUUGGCAACGUCGUCCCUCUGGGCUACGUGCAUUGCAGCUACGGCGACCGCCCUGUGGCCGACGUCGAAAGAGACAUCGGCAUUUAUCUCGGCUGGAACGAAAAGUUCAGGGUAGAUGGCAUCUUUUUCGACGAGGCUCCCUCCUCGGCCGAGGGCAUUCCUCUGAUGGCGGGUCUGGCCCAGUUUACAAGGUCUCGCUGGCAGCACGACACUGGCCGAACCGGGCUGGUGGUGCUCAACCCUGGUGUGGUUGUCGAUCCGGGCUACUACGAGCAUGCCGACCACAUCGUCGUCUUUGAGCAGUCUGAGCAGCACUGGAACGAAUACUUCACGACUCAAGCCGUCGCUCAGAUCCCCUCCCACCUGAGCGCCAAGGCCGUAGCCAUGGUCCACUCAUGCCUGGGCGAUGCGGCGUCCUUGGCACGCCAAAUCGGCGAAUUGGGAUUCGGCGGCCUGUACCUGACGGACCAGCUGGGUGGAGGCUACAACAGAUGGCCAGACAGCUGGAGUCUCAUCGUCGACGAGGUGGGCCGCGCGUGCGAGCCCCAUGUCGGAUCCGGAGCUUCCGGAGAGGCCGCUUGA